AUGUCUUAGCUUACGUCAGUAGUGUAUCCAGUCGAAAAAUAUGGCGGCGUUGCUAAGGCAUGGCGUUUUCAAAACAGGGCAACUAGUAUCUUCAGAAAACGUCCUUUUAAGAUCGUACGCCACGAAAGCCGAGAAGAAAAAAGGGAUCGACAGGAAAGUUGGCCCAAAAAUAGAUCCUACAGCUCAAUCUUUGGCAGCUAAAGGUUUCCUUCGUGCACAAAAUCCAUAUAUGCCACCGCCAGAUGUAGAGUCCCAACUAGAAAGCAUUUUCCAAUCCGUCAUAGGCUCCACUGAUAAAACUAUACGACUCUCCGAUCUAAACCAAAAGCACAAUCUACUGUGUGCGUGCCUCGAUAGAUUGGGCCAUGGGGUACCGAAUUCAUUGCUUCAUCAUAUGGAGACCCUAGAAGAUGUCAAGAUUUUUUAUAAGACCCCUGUAGACACCACAACGCCGUUGGAGAAAUUGAGACACACAGAGUUACCUGAGAAUAUGCAUAUUCAGUUUGAAUAUAACAGGUUUCAUCCAGAAACUGAUACUGCCUUUGGAGGAGUUAGUGCUUACCCUGAGAGUUCUACGAUUGUGACUGGUCUCAAAUAUAAAGAAAAAUAUACUGGGCAUGUUGCUCCAAGCAAUUAACUGAAAUUAAUUUGUGUUUCAUUGUUAUGUAAUAAUUCGAGCAAGUAUAAUAUAAAAAAUAAAAACGGUUAAAUUUGUAAUUACAAACUUAUGAGGUCUGAUUUCUCAUUUCAUGAUCAUAUAUAU